AUGAUAACCGCCACGGCUGAGCCUGAGUCAGCGGUCCCCUCGGUGCCCGAAACAGGGGCAGUCAGAGGAGACCCAGAGCUCGAGGAACCGACGUGGCCUUGGAAAGAUGCCCCGAUCCGGGCGCUGGUGCAGCGCAUCCACCAGUUGCAGGCUGAGCGUGCGCAGGCCUUCCGCCGCCUGGAAGAAGGCCACCACCAGUACCUGCGCAGCGGCCCGCCACACGACUUCCCGAGCUACCGGCUCACAGUGCACGAGGUGACCCAGGCCUUCGCCGCUGCCUCCCGGGAGGUGCUGGCGGUGGAGGCCGAGCUGGCCGGCCCUAGAGCGCAGCCGCUGCUCGCGGGCCAUGUGCGAAGCCUGCAGCAGCUGGAGCAGACACGCCUGGCUACGGUGGCCCUGCUGCAAAUGAUGGGGGCACAAGAGCUCACAGGGCAGGACGACACCCUGCAGGUGCACCAGCUGAAGAUGAAGGUAAUUAAAACCAUGGAAGCCAUCAGCGAGGUUCUCCAGGACCUCAGGUUCGAUGCAGAAUCUGCUGAGUGA